UGCGGUGCGGGAACGGGGCGGGGGUGGGCCCGGCGACUCUUAAAGGGGGCACGGCGAGGGGUGGGUCCCUCACGGCGCGGCAUGGAGAGCGGAGCGGCACAGGAGCCCCUCGCCGGGGGUCGCCCGCAGCCCCCCGAGUGCCUCCGGCGGCAGAAGCGGCGCGAGCUGGACGCGCGGCGCAGCAAGUGCCGCAUCCGCAUCGGGGGGCACCUGGAGCGCUGGUGCCGCCUCAAGGAGCAGCUCGGAUUCGCCCUGCACUCCCAGCUGGCGCAGUUCCUCCUCGACAGGUACAGCUCUCACGGCUGCAGCUGGAGCACGGGAGAGCUGGAGCAGCUGCAGCCAGCGGCGCUGCAGCGCCUGGUUGUGCUGUCCCACGGCCACGGCCAGGAGUGUGGCUUUGUACCAGACAUCCAGCUGCCAGCGCCAGGCAGCGCAGCCCCGCUGGUUUGGGAAUGUGUGGCCGGGCACCGCUUCUCCUGGGGUGGCUCUGGGGGUCCCAAGAGCCCCUCCUGCCACCCGCUGAAAGCGGCCCAGGGGUGCAGCCCCUCCCCGGGCGCUGGGCGCCGGCGUUCGCUCCGCAGGGCCACGCCGGAGGGGACGGCCAGGUCACCCCGUGGUGAUGGGGAUCGGGGCGAGGACAUGGGACAUGGUGACACCGGUGGCACAGCCCCCCAGGUGCCGCCGGAACCAGAGCCUGUGGUGGCAGCUGGCGAGAGCAGCGCCAUCCCGGGGGACGAUGCAGAGCCAGGAGUUGAGCCCCGAGAGGAAGAGGAGGAAGAGGAGGACGAGGACUUUGCCAAGGGUGAUGACCUGGCCUACACCGAUGACCUGCGUGAUGAGAACUAUCACCCAUCCCUGGACAGGUGGGACAGCUGUGAGGGAGCCUGCAGCGACUCAGAGCCCCAGCGGCGCCAGAGCCAGCCCAAGGCUCACAAGAAGCCAGUCAAGGACGAGCAGCCCCUGCUGGAGCCGCCCCUGCCCAGCUCUGGCCCCUUGGAGAAGAGCGGCCGGGUCAGUUGCCGUCGGCAGCCACGGGCAAGUGACAAGGACGUGGCUCAGAUCGGCCCCAAGAGGAUCAGGAAGGCAGCAAAGCGUGAGAUCCUCCUGUGUGACUUCGAGGGUUGUGGCAAAAUCUUCUCCAACCGCCAGUACCUGAACCACCACCAGAAGUACCAGCAUGUGCACCAGAAAACCUUCACCUGCUCCGAGCCCACCUGUGGGAAAUCCUUCAACUUCAAGAAACACCUGAAGGAACACGAGAAGCUGCACAGCGACAAGCGGGAUUACAUCUGCGAGUUCUGUGCGCGCUCCUUCCGCACCAGCAGCAAUUUGAUCAUCCACCGACGGAUCCACACCGGGGAGAAGCCACUCCAGUGUGAGAUCUGUGGCUUCACCUGCCGCCAAAAAGCCUCCCUGAACUGGCACAUGAGGAAACACGAUGCUGACUCCUUCUACCAAUUCCCGUGUGAUGUCUGUGGGAAGAGGUUCGAGAAGCGGGACAACGUCACCGCUCACAAGAGCAAGAGCCACCCCGCGGGGCUCCCCCAGCCCGAGGGAACCCAGCAGCACCCGGAGCCCCCUGGGCCCGUGGAACCUCUGGAGCUGCUUGGGGAUGUCCUGGGGAGAGGGGGGGAUGCAGGGAGGAUCCCACUGGAGUAUGGGGUGGGGGAUGCUGGGCAGGAUCCAGGCACGCCCCAAGGCCACGGGGUGGGUGAUGGGGGGUCCUAGAGGGCUUGUCCCCCAGUUUGGGGACUGGAGCAAAACUGGGGACGGUGCUGGACCAGGUGCCAAAAAUACAUGGGAGAGACAAAACUGGGGAAAAUCACAGUUUUUCAGCCAAAUCCUAGAUGAAAUCCCAAGUUUUCAGCCAAAUCCCUGGGACAAAUCCUUUUUUUUUUUGUUGUUUUUUUUGCCAAAUCCCAGCUUCCCUCGAGCCCAGCAGUAUUGCCACAAGUGGAUCCACAAUAAAGACUUAUUUUGGGUAAAAGUGGGAUUUGGUGUCAGAUUUUUAUGGAAAAAUUCUAGAAAAGUGAUAUUUGGAUGGUUUGGACACAGGAAAAUGGGUUGGAGAGGGGGUGGAGACACCAAACACCCAGGAACUGGGGACCCAAACUGGGAUGAGAGGGAGCUCCCAGAGAGUCUGUGUCUCCAAACUGGGAUGGGUGGGAGCACAUAUUUGAGCUGUGCCCCAAAAAUGGGAUGUGAGGCAAUGCCCAGUGGGGCUGUGUCCCAAAAGUGGGAGCUCCCAGUGCUUCAAACUUCUCCUUUAAACAUCAUUUAAAUUUCUUUUUAAAACUCUGAUUUAAAUUUGAACUUACAGAUACUUGGAAGCUCCAAGUUGGGACCAUUUAGUGAAUUGCAAGUGCCCCCAAAACCCCUCGGUGCUCUGCCCCAGCAGGUUGGGGACAAGGGCAUGUCUCUGUCUCCAUUCCCUCCUGAGCACAAGCAGCUUUUCCUCCUCUCCCAGCACCAAAAACCCCCAAAUUAUCAGGUUUUAGGAAUUUUUUUUUGCACAGCAACUUUUAUUUCCCCACUAACAGUGACAGGGCAAAGGACACGAACAGCAGCAGGGGCAAGGGCACAAGGGGAGCGGGCAAGCGCAAGAUCACACCUAGAACACAGAACCCCCC